AUAAGGUAGCUCGAUAAGUGUAAUAGUUCUGGCCUUACGUUAAAUAGAAUAUAAACGCGACGCAUAGACCUUGCAAUACUUAUUUCAUGUCUCCUCUCUCAGAGUGAUGUUAAAAUAGUUAUGAAAUAAAAAAUUACAACAUAACACACCAGAGAAUUAAUUUAUAAAAAUAAAAAUAACGUUUAUAAAAUGUUCCAAUUCUUUGUUGCGUGCGUGACACAUUUAUGUGUAUGUUUAUUUAGACUAUAAAGUAAUAAUUAAAUCAAUUGUAUCGCUUUUGAGUGACUACUUUCAACUACUUUGGCCAUGACAGCUGAAGAUUCCACAAACAAAUUACAGUGUUCUCUGUGUAAUAAGCAAUUUAAAUAUGAAAGUGAGAGAAAGAGACACGAACAAAGUCACUCCCUACACUUUCAGUGCCAAAUUUGUUCCAAGAAAUUUAAUUUUUUGUCAGCCUUACGGAGACACGAAAAACAGCAUUCACGUAAAGGAAGCGUUCAAUGUAAUAAGUGUGGAGGAAAAUUUAGGGAUGAAGUUCUACUGAAGCGUCAUUUUAAUUAUGCUCAUAAAGGUACAUUUAUUUGUGAGGAAUGCGGCGCAUCAUUUAGCAGCAAACCGGCUCUUCGAACUCAUUUGAAGAUUCACAGACCUGAAUCGGAGAGGCGAUACAAGUGCAGCGUUAAUGGAUGUCGUAAGACUUUCAAUUUUCCACAUCAUUUAAAGCACCAUGAGCUGACGCACAAGAAUGAGAAGCCGCACUUCUGCAGUAUAUGCGGGAAAGGUUUUAUACAAUCACAUCACCUGAAAGCUCACCUCAGAACCCACGAGCCUGAUAAUUGGCUGUACUGCGAUGUAACGAACUGCAAAAAGAAAUUUGCUACCGAUUAUGCUAGGAAAAGACAUCAGGAAACUCACAGAAGUAAAUUGGAAAUCAUAACUACAGAUACAAAAUCUAUAACCGAACCAUUAGUUGAGGAGGAAAGUCUACAAACUACCUUAUGCACGAAUUGUGGUCAGAUUGUAUUCCAAAUUUAUUACAACGAACAUGUAAUUAUGUGUAAAAGUAAUUUUGAUAACAAUAAACCGGCAUCUCAAAGUUUUUCUUCGGAUAAAGAAGCUAUUGAUCACAGCGUUUCUGAUGUAGACGUUCUGGAAGACGUAAGUAGUUGUAAGACGAUAUUGGGCGGUUGUUUACUCGAGUCUGAAGGCCGAGAAUGUUUAUGUGAACAAAUGAGCCGGAGAAUUGGCGAGGGCUACGAUGAUCCAGCUCCCCAAUCAGAUGCUAAUAGCUGGACAAAAUCACUAGACCGCGAGAAAAACGUGAGCGAAAACUUCUGUGAUGGCUGCGAAUGUUCAAAAGCUGACGAAGUUAAAGAUACGAAACUCAAAACUUGUUUACAAAACACGAUUUCAACAACAAUGACUGAUUUAGAAAAUAGAACUAUUAAAGUAGUGAAUGGAGCUAUAAAAGUGCUUGAUAUAUGCGAUAUAGUAAUGCCAGAAGUAAUGGAUGCAAAGCAGACAAGUAAAUUUGAAAUCCCUAAUAGUUGCAGGGAAAUGCUCGGGGAAUGUAUAGUCAACGGAAGCGGCGAAGGCUGUUUAUGUGCUCAAAUGAAAUUCGAACAGAUAGCCGCAGAAGAAAUAGCCAAUAUUACACCACAACCAAAAAUUUAAAAGAUAUGCAUAUGAUGCUUUAUAUUAAACGGUAGUUACUACUUUGUAUAACAAAAGAAUAUCCAGUUAAUUAAUUUUAACAUGUGUUCAAAUAAAACUUGUUGAGUACUUAAUUG